AAAAAUUUCCCCUUCUGACUUGUCAGACGGUGUGUCAUUCUCUUGAGAAUCAGGCGGUGUGAUAGCAUUGUACUUGGGUGCUCGUUGCUCUCCAACAAUUAUAGCUUUUAAAUCAUAUUAGAGUGUGACUGUGGGAGGAAAAAGUCCGGAAGAGAAGCAUCCACUAAUAGAUGUGCAUUAAAAUUUAAAAGUUUCUGAAAUGAUGGCGCGUAAUAUACUGAAUAACCCGCUCUACAAGCAGAUGCAUUUGGGAGCAUUUGGUCGUACAUUGGCAUUAUGUGGCACCGGAAAAAAGGAUAUUCUCGUGCCACAACGUGAAUAUCAUGAAGUUAAUGGGGACAUUCCUUGUCCUUCAAUGCUCCAAGGAAUUGACCACUUGCGAGAUCCGCGAUUAAAUAAAGGAUUGGCCUUUACGCUUGAGGAAAGACAGGUGUUGGGUAUACAUGGUCUUCAACCAGCCAGAUUUAAGACACAAGAAGAACAACUAGAACUCUGCAAAAUAUCUAUUGAUAGAUACAAGGAGGACCUCAAUAAAUACCUAUAUUUGGUAGAUUUACAAGAUCGAAACGAACGACUAUUUUUCCGUCUCCUUUCGGAGAAUGUUAAGAAUAUGAUGCCUAUCGUCUAUACUCCAACGGUUGGAUUAGCUUGCCAGAAGUUUGGCUUGAUUUACCGUCGUCCUCGAGGUCUAUUUGUCACAAUUAACGACCGAGGGCAUGUAUUUGAUGUGAUUAAGAAUUGGCCAGAACCCGACGUCAGAGCAAUUUGUGUGACUGACGGUGAGAGAAUCCUCGGUCUAGGAGAUUUAGGAGCCAAUGGAAUGGGUAUCCCUGUGGGAAAACUCUCACUCUACACUGCCCUCGCAGGAAUUAAACCACAUCAGUGUUUACCAAUUCUCCUGGACGUCGGAACAAAUAACAGGGAUUUGCUGGAAGAUCCCUUGUACAUUGGAUUGAGGCAAGAAAGGGUAACGGGAGACGCCUAUGAUGAAUUUAUCGAUGAAUUCAUGAGAGCUGUUGUGAAGAAAUACGGCCAGAAUGUCCUGAUUCAGUUUGAAGACUUUGGAAAUCACAAUGCUUUCCGAUUUUUGGACAAAUACCGACACUCCUACUGCACGUUUAACGAUGAUAUUCAGGGGACUGCAGCAGUAGCUGUUGGAGGAUUGUAUGCCUCAAAGCGACUGACGGGAAAGAGAUUUGCUGACCAUCAGAUUCUUUUCGUUGGAGCUGGAGAAGCUGCCAUUGGGAUUGCUGAUCUCUGCGUCAGAGCAAUGAUUGUAGAGGGAUGCACUCUGGAGGAGGCAAGAAACAAAAUCUGGAUGGUCGAUAUUGAUGGCCUGCUCGUCAAAGGACGAGAACAUCUCGAAGGACAUAAAGCGUACUAUGCGAAGAAUGUUGAACCUAUGAAUGAUCUGCUCGAAAUUGUAAAGACAGUGAAGCCUAGCAUUUUGAUUGGGGCUAGUGCUCAGCCAGGACUCUUCACCAGAGACAUCCUGGCAGAAAUGGCUGAGAAUAAUGCCAAACCGAUCAUCUUUGCUCUGUCAAAUCCAACGGACAGAGCAGAAUGCACAGCUGCACAAGCAUUCGAACACACAGAGGGACGAGUGAUAUUUGCAUCUGGAUCUCCAUUCCCACCGGUGGAAUACAACGGGAAGACUUACUACACGGGACAAGGCAAUAAUGCUUAUAUUUUCCCAGGAAUUGCUCUUGGAGUUAUUGCAACUGAAACACAUCAUAUCCCCGAGGAUAUGUUCCUAAUUGCAGCUCAGGAACUUGCUGACUGCGUCACCGAAGCGGAUCUCAUGCAAGGAUCUCUGUAUCCUGACCUAGCACGUGUCAAGGAGGUGUCCCUGAACAUAGCCAUUGGUAUCACCAAAUUUGCGUAUGUUAAAGGACUUGCUUCAACGUACCCGGAGCCUCAUGAUAAGAGACAAUGGCUGUUAGAUCAACUCUACAAUUUCAACUACGAAAGCUCAAUGCCUGUCACUUGGACAUGGCCCAAGUCACCAGAAAUCAAGACACGUGAACUAGUUCCCACCAAGCUGACCGAACGGGAAGAAUAAGCAAAGCAUUAAGAAUAAAAGAUUUAAGAAAAAAAUUGCAGAAUUUGUCGAACAAUUUUAGACCAGUAUUUUCACUCUUAAGGAAGUCAAUAUAAUUCUAAAAGAAUAUCACGUUGAUAGUUGUGCCACAUUUUAUUUUUCAAAUUUAUUUAUUAAGAGUUAGAAAAAAGAGUCUUCUCAUUUACCAAUAUUUAUUGUAUAAUUUUUUGUUUUUUUAUUAGGAAAAACGUUUCAUAAGAUAUUAAUUUAUUUCACUAACGGAAUUUCGAAACGUUCUUUUUAUUCAAGUCUAUGUUUCAAAAACAAAAGAAUAAUUCUACAAAGUAACGUGUUAACUAUUAAAAAAAAAUAAACAAAAUCAAUUUCUGAUUAAAUGUAAUCGUUAGAACGUG